UUCUCUGGUUCUCUCCAUUGUAGAGCAGUAUGGUAGAGAUUUCGUGUUGAACGUAGUUAACGUGUGGAUAUAAGGGAGGACCAUGCCACAGAACGAGUACAUCGAACGCCAUCGGCGCCUCUAUGGGCGCAGGCUUGACCACGAUGAGCGGGUGCGCAAGCGGGAAGCACGUGAACCUCACAAACGAGCUGAAAGAGCACGCAAGACUCGUGGCCUCAAGGCCAAAAUGCUCAACCGCCAACGCCGCAAUGAGAAGAUCCAGACGAAGAAGAAAAUUCGUGCCCACGAGUUGAAACGUACCAAAAACCGUGUUGGUGAUGGGGAACCGUCAGGUGGAGCUUUGCCAGUGUAUCUUCUGGAUCGUGAGGUCCAACAGCGUGCCAAAGUUCUGUCCAACAUGGUGAAACAGAAGCGUAAAGAGAAAGCAGGCAAAUGGGAUGUUCCAUUACCCAAAGUUCGUGCACAGGCUGACUCUGAGGUUUUCAAAGUUCUUCGCACGGGCAAAUCGCGUCGCAAAGCAUGGAAACGUCUUGUUACGAAAGUGACUUUUGUGGGGGAGGGCUUCACUCGUAAACCACCUAAAUUUGAAAGAUUUAUCAGACCCAUGGCAUUGCGGUUCCGUAAGGCACACGUAACACAUCCAGAAUUGAAGGCAACAUUCUGCCUACCAAUUAUUGGAGUUAAGCGUAACCCAAAUUCACCCAUGUAUACAUCAUUAGGUGUAAUUACCAAGGGAACAGUAAUAGAAGUUAAUAUAAGUGAACUAGGUCUUGUGACACAGGCUGGCAAGGUGGUCUGGGGAAAGUAUGCACAAGUGACAAACAAUCCAGAAAAUGAUGGUUGCAUUAAUGCUGUGUUGCUUGUAUAAUGUUUUCUGAUCUUGAGCUAUGUUCUAAUGUUUGUCUACAAUAUGACUACAAUGUGAUGUAUUUGUUUGCAUAAUAAAGUACAGAAUUGUAUAAAGCAUUUGAGUGAAAUAGUUCCUUUUAGAAUGCACUGCCAUUUACACUUACCUUAUUGCACAUUUCUUGAGUAUUAGUAGUGAUAUUCUUACUUGAAACUUUUACAGAAAUCAAAAUGCAGAUAUUUGUGAAGACUUUGACGGGGAAGACUAUCACCUUAGAAGUAGAAGCUUCGGAUACAAUCGAAAAUGUUAAAGCCAAAAUCCAGGAUAAAGAAGGAAUUCCCCCAGAUCAGCAAAGACUAAUAUUUGCUGGCAAGCAGUUGGAAGAUGGCCGAACAUUGUCUGAUUAUAACAUCCAGAAAGAAUCUACUUUACACCUUGUCUUAAGGCUCCGUGGUGGUGCUAAGAAGCGAAAGAAGAAGAAUUACUCAACACCCAAAAAAAUUAAGCACAAGAAGAAGAAGGUUAAGCUUUCAGUCUUGAAGUUCUAUAAGGUUGAUGAAAAUGGGAAGAUUCAUCGCCUCCGCCGUGAAUGCCCAUCAGAACAGUGUGGUGCUGGAGUAUUCAUGGCUGCAAUGGAAGAUAGGCAUUACUGUGGAAAGUGUGGGCACACACUAGUGUUCAGCAAACCUGAUGAAGCUUGAACAUGUUGCUGUAUGGUUUCUUGGCAUUGUAAUAUUACUGACAAAUAAAAAAUAAGCAAAUA